AUGGGAAGUUCACACUCAUCCGUCAAGGAGGAUCCUCAUGUCCCCGAGGACCUCGCGUCAAUUCCACCAUUAUGGCAAGCAGAAACAGAGCCGACAAACACUAAUAGUAUUCAGUUUUCCCUCUCCCGGUUUGACAAGAAACUGAUUUCCACCCACAAUCUGCCGGCAUCGUCGUCGUUGAGUGUUGACACCCGCAAGCGAAAAUUGGUGCUCCAAUCCGGUGACAAGAUCUUGGGAGUGGCCAAGCGUUCACCCUGUGGUCGCACCUUUUACAUUUUUCGAACGGAACCCAAUUAUCCGGGACAACAACCAGCUACCGAGCAUCUUCGUCGAAAUGGAAAAAACACCCCGCUCUAUUUGCACACUCGAGUCCGACGCCAAGGAAAACAAAUCGGGGUGUUUCAACUGCGAAACAAACAAAUCUUUCAAAUACGAUCGGGUCCCAAAUUGUCCCUGGAAAAGUAUUGCACCAACCCGGAAACGGGAGAAGAUGUGGCUCUUUGGAGGUACUGGGGGGAGAAGAAUGAUGUAGAGAUAUUUGGUCCUAGUGUGGAUGUGGGCCUUGUCACAUUGUUGGUGAUCAUUACUGCCUGCUUUGAUGCGAGCAGUAACGAAGUGGUGACAGCGGUCAUGGAGAGCAUAUCAGCCGUGGUGGCAGCGGUGGUUUGA